AUGAUCGAACAAAGCCCAGAUGAGCGGCAGGACUUUAUCACUGGUCUUGGAGCAGAAGAUGGUCUCGCAACUGUUCGACAAAUCGUUGAAUCGGACUUUGCCAAGUCGUACAGCGUGCUUGGACCGAUGUUUCAGGUACACUGCGUUCUUUUCCUCAAGCUUAUAACUCACGAGAGCAUCUUGUCAUCUCUGGCACUCGAACGCCAAAUGGGCACUAUCUACAAUGUGAUCUAUGGACCGAACGGACGACGCGCUGUGGCAUUCUUUAAUCGAGUGACAGAGCACCUUUUCCGCAUGAAGCCUGAUACAAGCAAUGGUCAUAAGAAAUCAACAGGCAAUGACUCGUCUCAGUUUGAAGAGGCACUAUUGCUUGUUUCAAAAGCAUUUCUGAGCACAUUGACUUUGAACCAAGAAGCUUCAAUCCGGACUGAGUUUCGGGACAUUGUUGAACGUCUUUGCAGUUCUUACGAUGCUGCAAGUAUCUUCAAUGGCGUUGCUUCUCAUAAUCUGCGCUGGACUCAUGACAAUCUCAUGAAGCUAAAGGACGUACUGUUCAUGGGGGAGUCACUUGAGCACUCGCAUAGCUUUUCUUCUCAGCAAGGUAACCCCCGUCAGCUGCCAAAGGUCAGAUUCCAGGUUGAUUUGCCAGGAAAGCUGUCUGUUAACGGUCCUCGCCAUGACAAUGAUCACUCAUCCAUUCCCAACAUCCGCAUUCUUCCGACUAUUUCUGAGAUCUUUUCUAUUCAGCGGGCUGAGUUUCUGCCAGCACGAGACCCUGCAUUCGACAAGCUGGAUGAGCACGAGACUGGUAUUCGUCGUCUUCUCGAUUGUCAGUUUCGCCUCCUACGUGAGGAUACCGCCGGAUUGCUUCGCGACUCAAUACGCAUGAUCCUGGACAACUGGGAUAUCCUUGUUCAUCGAUCUGACUGGCAAUUGAAGCGCAGAGUUCUCCGCGACAGUGGCAUAACACCUGUGCGUAUUUAUCUUGGGGUGGAGAUUCAAAGGGUUCAGGCAGGUGGAAAGAAGGGCAUUGAGAUCGACCUUGAGUUCGACCAACCUCCUCGACUCAAGUUCAUGAAUGCGACACGACGAAAGCAAUGGUGGCAGACCUCGCAGGCACUAAAAGAAGCACCCGUGAUACUCGCUCUUGUCGAUGGCGAGGACCUUGAGAAUGUCUCUGUGACUUUCCUGCAAGUCUCUAGAAGAAACCUCAAUGUCAACUACGAUCCACCUGCUCCACAAGCGACUGUUCCUGCGCCUAUCAGAGACCUAGUGAAUAGUGGCACCCGCGCGAUGAUCAGUGUCAGACUAACCAAUGGAGUUCAUGAAAGUGAGCUCACCAACAUCUUCAACUUUGCACGCCACAAGAGUGGCAAGAGGCCGCUCAUGCUUGUCGAGUUUCCUGCUGUGCUAUUAAACUCGUUCGAUGGCGUUCUGCAAUGUAUGCAACAUCAGUAUACACAUCCGGAGCAUUUACCCUUCGCAACCUGGAUAGUGCCUCGUCCAGGUUAUAAUUGCACAAGGCGUGGUGAGACCACAGAUAUGGUUGAUGAGUUUGUUACCGUUCCCCCGCCGUCUUAUAUUCAUGAAUCCAACUACUUGGACCUGUCUUGCCUGUUCGACAACCUUGUCGCAGAUAGUGGCAGUGAAUACAGUACCAAUGACCCAAGGCCAUCCUUCUCCCUCCAGGAUGAUCCAGCCUGGUUGGCCAAUGAGCUUGCAAAGACAACUAGCCUCGAUAAGGGUCAGGCGAAGGCAUUAGUUUGGGCUCUUCGGCGUGAGAUAGCACUCAUACAGGGUCCGCCUGGUACGGGAAAAUCUUACGUCGGGAUACAACUAGCCAAGUGCCUGUCAGCAAACCGGGAGCAACUUGAACUUGGUCCAAUCUUGUGUGUAUGCUACACUGCCCAUGCACUCGACCAAUUUUUACAAGGUCUGCUCGAUGCCGGCAUUACAAGUAUUGUGCGAUUGGGCCCGCGAAGCGUGUUUCCUCAGUUAGAAGCACUUUCCUUGGAUAACCACAGGCAGGCACACCGAGGGCCGUUUAUCCGAGGCUACAAUGAUAUGCGAAAUGCAAACCAUGACAAGCUGAAGGAAAUAAACGUCAAGCUCGAAGAAGUGUGCCAGCUGAUCGAGAAAGGGGGAAUUGAAAUGACAUUAUGGUUCGUAAAGAAGCGCUUCCCAUACGAAGCAGACCGCAUCACGUCCGUGGAUCCUGAGCGUAGUGAAACCGAGUCUUUCAACCUUUGGCUCAAAAGCGAUGAUUCGAGCGCCUGGGUUGAGACUGACGAGGAACGCUCCCCCGAAGAACUCAUGCAAUCUGAUGUUUGGACCCUCUCGCCUGCAGAACGCACGCGGUUGUACGAAUUUUGGCAUGGAAGUGCACUCGACGAACUUCGAAAGGUCUUCUCGCGCAUUGUGAAGGCCUAUUACAAACAGAAAAAAAACCUGACGGCCAUUUACCAUGUGGCAGAAGCUCGCAUGCUUCAGGAGUUUCAAAUUAUUGGCGUUACCACGACAAUGCUCGCUAAUCUUUCGUCUCAAAUUCGUAGUGUUCGAGCCAAAGUGCUUAUAUGCGAAGAGGCUGGCGAAGUUCUCGAAUCUCAUGUCCUCACAGCACUGUUGUCAUCUGUGCAGCAUGCUAUUCUGAUUGGAGACCACCUGCAGCUACGACCACGUAUCAGUAAUCUUAGGCUCUCAAUCAGUUACGACGGUGAGGGCGCGAUUUACGGUCUCGAUGAAUCGCUCUUUGAGCGACUGGCAAAUAGUCACUUUGUCGAGGCUCACGAUGAGCAAGCACAGAACAAUGGACGUCAGUUUCCUAUUACCCAAUUGAACAUCCAACGACGCAUGCAUCCUUCCGUCGCCCAUCUUGUUCGCGAAACGCUUUAUCCUGAGCUGCAAGACCAUUCUUCUACAACUGUGUAUCCUGCCAUCCCCGGACUCAAGCGCAGACUGUUCUGGCUCGACCAUCGAAACGAAGAAGAUGCUGGUGAUCCUUCCGAUCCGAUGCAUAGCAAAACGAAUACAUGGGAGGUUCACAUGGUGACUUCGCUUGUCAGACAUCUGCUACGACAAGGAAAAUAUGGUCCUGGAGAGAUUGCUGUUCUGACACCGUACGUAGGGCAAUUGAGAAUGCUAAGAGAUAUUCUCGAGCAGGAAAUGACACUGAUAAUUGGCGAGCGAGAUGCGGAUGAUUUGGGGGAAGCCGAGUGUACAGACACGGCCACUGACCCUAGUGGCAAAAACGAGCGAUGGUUCCAGGGUCCUAACUCGGUGCGAAAGGCCAGCCUGUUAAACGCCCUCAAACUAGCGACCGUUGAUAAUUUCCAGGGGGAUGAAGCGACCGUUGUGAUUGUUUCCCUAGUCAGGAGCAACAAGUUUAGAAAUUGCGGCUUCCUCAAGUCACCAAACCGAAUCAAUGUGCUAUUGAGUCGUGCAAAGCAUGGAAUGUACCUGAUUGGCGACGCGAACACCGCGUCCACAGCGCCAAUGUGGUCUUCUGUCAUCGAACUCAUGGAAAAGAACGAAAAUAUUGGGCCGUACCUCGAGCUCGAAUGCGAACGUCACCCUAAGAACAAGAUUGAAGUCGCUUGUCCCGAUGACUUUACCGCACAGUCUCCAGAAGGCGGCUGUGCAGAGACCUGCGGCCUGAGACUGGACUGCGGGCAUACCUGCAUGAUUAAAUGCCAUUCAGCCAGACAGCAUAAGGCAGUCAAGUGCUUUCAGAACUGCUACAGAAUGCAUAAGUGUGGACAUCCUUGCGCAAGGAAAUGCUAUGAGCCAUGUGGCCCAUGUACGGCAAUUGUUCCUAGCGUUACGCUACCUUGUGGACAUGCCACUGAGGGAGUAGAGUGUCACCGGAUGAGCAGACUCAGUACAGUCAGAUGCACAGUUGAUCUGACUAUCAAACUACCCUGGUGUGAUCACAACACCAAGGCACAAUGUCACGAGAGAGGAAAACCCGUGAAGUGUUCUAUUAUAUGUGGAAUGGAUCUACCUUGUGGGCACAAGUGUCAGAAGCUGUGCUCAUUGUGUCGGAUUCAUCAUCACGGUAUGACCAUUGUUGACCAUGGAAAAUGCAUCAGUAUCUGUCGCAAGCGGCUCACAAACUGCACCCAUACCUGCGACCGUAUAUGCCAUCCUGAAACAGCGUGUUCGCCGUGUCGGCGGCCCUGCGAAGUGCACUGCAAACACAGCAGGUGUCCCAAGCUUUGCAAAGACCCAUGUCCUCCAUGCGCAGAGCCAUGCGACUCUGGUUGCGAUCACCGCGAAGCAUGCACCUUGCCGUGUGCUGUUCCUUGCGAGAACAAUCCAUGCAACCGUCGUUGCGAGAAGAUGCUUAAGCUCUGUGGACAUCGCUGUCCGGGAAUGUGUGGAGAGCCAUGCCCGCCUUCGCGGUUCUGUCAGAUUUGUGCUCCGCCCGAGGUCCUGCAACAGCAGGUUGAUCUUCUGGAACUCAAGACGUACAGUGAGGUUGAUAUUGACACUUCGCCUCUUUUAUUCCUCCCGUGUAACCACUUUUAUACAAUUGCUUCUCUCGAUGGCCUUCUAGGCUUGAAUGAAUACUUCGACAUAGAUCCGGCUACAAAUAAUAUUCUGGGCCCCAAGCCAUCUCAUUGGGAGAUGAUGCCUGAGUCAGCGCUCAAGGGCUGCCCAGAAUGCCGCCGCCCACUCAGAGACAUCAAUCGCUACAGCCGUAUCUUGAAGAAGGCUCUUCUGGAUGAAUUCACUCGGAAAUUUGUGACUCUCGCCAGUUCACAGAAUGCUGACAUUGCAGACAAGAUUGCCACCUUUGAGAAGCAGAUCGACAGCGCGCGAACCGAUUUCCUGCAGUAUUGGACGCUUGAGGCUGGUAAAUCGAAGAGUUUGGAUCAAGUAAAAGCUGCCCUCUAUGCUUAUCGAAUAGCAGGAAAGAAGUUGCACAAGAAAGUGGUAGAUUUUAUCAAGUCUGUGCGUACCUCCGAGCAACCGCUGAGCAAGAUGAACGACAUGCUCGCUUCUGCAACUUUACGGGAAAACAAAUCUACGGCUAAGGCACCCAUGGCUGAUGAUUCAAUGAUACAAACCGGAUUUGGAAUGCGUGGGCAUGUCUUGAGCCUCCGACUCAGCUGGGCCGUGCUUCGAGAUUUCGAUCAUAUAUGCAACAACCAAACAAUCGACCACCGAGUCCGCGAGAACCUAGUUCAGCUAGGAGCCAGCCAGCUCAAGAAACUAAUCGAUAAAUGCGUCCUGCUAAGAAAUUCCACCGUAAAAGCCAACCUUCUUCAAGAAAGAGUCGAAACUGGGAUCUACUUUGCGCUAUUUUCCAUGCUUUCGCUGAGCAACAUGCGAACACACAGUAAGAGAGUCGAGGUGGAGAAUGGGAACAAGACGCGCCAGCGCGCGCAAGAAGAACUCACUGCUUGUGAGAGACUGUGCAACAAAUUGCCAAAGCUCCUAGGCUAUUUGCUGGACGAUAUUGAAGAUGCGAGAAAGACCAUCAACGAUGGAACAUUCUAUGCUCUUGUGACCAGUGAGGAGAAGCGUCAGGUGUAUAGAGCCAUGGCAGAGCAGUUUGGUGGCACCGGGCAUUGGUAUUAUUGUGCGAACAACCACCCGUUUGCGAUCGGGGAAUGCGGACUGCCUAUGGAGGAGGCCCGAUGCCCUCAAUGCGAAGCCCCCGUCGGCGGACUGAACCAUCAGCUUGCUGAAAUAGCACGUCCUGCUGAAGAUAUAGACCGUGAGUUCGGGGAGACAGAGUUGACCGAGCAGGAAAUUCGCGAGGGGAUGAUCAUGGAGGAACUAAGAGAGGAAUUGAUGGCAGGUGAUGGGGAGGAAAAUCUGAUGGAACUGUAAAUUGGACGGUAAAGACCUCUUGCUGUGCUUUCAUGUGGAUAAAUUGCCUGGAGUGGUGAAGAAGGCAGACAGAGUGAAUAAAAACUGCUGAGGAUUUGUCGCUUUUCCUUCACUCCUCGACCCCUCCAUCCCACCUUCCCAUACGAACAUCCCCCCUCUCUGAGCUGUCAACUUCCCCUCCUUCUCACAUGCGGUAUUUUCGCUUUCUGGUCUGCCCCUCCUUACAAGCUCUUACAUUUAUCAUAUCGCACAUAGUAUUCAUAGGGUGGACUUCUUACCUGCGCGUACAGCGGGAAAUUUGGCAGCCUUAUCAGGCGAGGGGAAGCGGAGCCCAGCGGCUAGG